UUUGCGGUACUUAUAGCAACUUAGGCUCAAGUGAAGUUUACUUUCAUGUUCGGAUUUUGGGCAGCUUACUAAUCUUUAUCUUGAGAUGUAAACUUACAUGUAGAUUAGAAAAUAAUAUGUAGUCACUAUCAAUCUAUAACGUAAUGUGCUGGGAAAAUUUACAAGCCUUCGACAUUUAAAUGUUGAGGACUCAUGUAAAAAAAGAAAUAUUUCAUGGAUUUUUAUUUAGUCUUUCGUUGUAUGUCAGUCUAUCCUAUCUGAAAGGUUUAUCCAGCAAUCUGAAAAUUUUAAUCAUGAACAAAUUUUAGGAAAGACUAAUUAAAAAACCUUGAAAAACCCUAGAAAAAAAUGUGACAAAAUAUCUACACACGAUUUGCACUUUUAAGAAAUGCAAGCGAAUAUAUUGAGAAGACCCUCGAAUUGUUUUUUAUUUUGAGAAAACCUCAAAACGUUUCUAAACUAGAAAAAUAUGUCAAGUUCUUACUGGAAAGAUGCUCUUUUUCGUACUACUCGUAAUUGAAAUCUCGUCGUUUCGCAGACCUAAUUCCCUUAGAAAACUAGUCGUCUACCAGUCACCAUAAAAAAUCUGCUUGUUACAGAUCCCGCUACAUAAUGCUAUUAACAUACUUGAGUUAAAAUGUCGUUUGACGAUAAACAAAUGAGUCAACGGUUCUUGAAAGGUAAUAUACGGAUUCACAAUUAAAGAUUGACUAUGUUAUCGAAGCAGUCCUGUUUGUAAACACUUGCAACAUUUAUUAUUAUAUCUAUGCAUCGCCAUCAUUAGACGACAUUGUAAGUGAUCAUGUGCGCUACAUUAUAACGGAAAUAUGUACAACAUUUGACACUUUUCCAUCUUACAUGUAAGUAUCAUUUGGGAGUAGGUGUGUAUGAUUUUCUUACAUUUAUUCAAACUUGCGUCUAUACAGUUCUUUAAAAAAAUAAAAACAUCCUAUGAUAUCAUAUAAACUCUACAUAAGUACUGGUCUGAUUAUAUGCGUUUAGAAAGACACGCCAUUUAAAUGGAAGAGUGAAAACUAAUCAGACGUAUAUAAGGUACGAAAAGUCAUUUGGAGCAGUUUGUUUGGAAUUAAUAACUUACAGUGAUAUCAGUAUUUUUGAAACCAGCCUCAAAGUGAAAAUGUACAGUGAUUAGUAAUUUCAACACAAACCUUUGAACUAAAUAUAUGCGGUAAACAAACUUUAUUGUACUAUUCCCACAUUUUCAUUGGAUUGUCUUUGGGCGCUUAUGUACUUGAUGUAGCGUUGUUCAGGAAAGCCUGAUUUACAACAUUCAUCAUUUGUCUGAUGUCUUUUUACAGCAAAAAGCACUUUGAAACCAUUAACAUAAACGUACAACCAAUAAUGUUAGGUCUAACUGUGACUUGGUUGAUUGUUCUGUAAAAUCUAUAAUAACUUAUACCCAAUUUCCUUUUAGCUCCAUAGUGAGUAUAAGUAAUUGUUAGUUCGGCCGUUAUAAAGUAAACAAAAAUCGACUGUACACUUACGAAGAUCAUUUCUGAUUAUCACAUACAGUUAAAUCACCUCAAUCACAACAAACAACAUUUGGAACCUACGAACUAGUCACUGGACUUUCGUUCUUGUAGUGCAGCUUCCAAUGUACCUAGUCAAGUGUCUGGAAUAGAAAUUCCAAGCUAAAGAAAUCCACACUGCAUAUAUUAUUGUCUUUGAUAACGAUAGGUGAACAUGCAAUGUAUGAGGUCAAUCUACUAAUCUGAUUAGACAGAACAUUGAUGGCUUUCCACAUUUUAUAGAAGUUUGCGUUGCAAGUGUGAUACCUGCGGGAAUAAAAAUAACUGUUGAUGUAACUAACUUAUUUACAACACCUCUUGACGUAGUUGAUCUGGUGACGGGAGGACUUCUGUUUUGGAAAAACUGGUUUGUAAGCUUGUAUUAAAUGCACACUUUGAUAUCGAGUAAAAAUUCUCAGUCCAGUUGCUAACACUGAGAAAUUAAAUGGAAUACAUCCAGCCUCCAUUUCCACAGCACUCAACGCUUCACUGUAAAUGUACAUGACUGAUUACUAAACAUUUAAAGAUAAACUCACUAAUAGAAACGAACGGCUCGGUGGUAUAAUGACUAUGGUUUGUGUAGGGUCGGGAUUUGAUUAUUCUCACCUCUCUAAUUUGUGUGAUCAAGCCAGGGUCGGCGUUUGGUGUUAUUAUGUUAUAAGGCCUAACAUUAGCAUACUUCGAGUGAUGGAUUCUUUCUAGAAAUCAUAAACAACGAGAUAAGUUUCCGAUGUUGUAAGUGUUUACAAACAGGACUGCUUCGAUAACAUAGUCAAUCUUUAAUUGUGAAUCCGUAUAUUACCUUUCAAGAACCGUUGACUCAUUUGUUUAUCGUCAAACGACAUUUUAACUCAAGUAUGUUAAUAGCAUUAUGUAGCGGGAUCUGUAACAAGCAGAUUUUUUAUGGUGACUGGUAGACGACUAGUUUUCUAAGGGAAUUAGGUCUGCGAAACGACGAGAUUUCAAUUACGAGUAGUACGAAAAAGAGCAUCUUUCCAGUAAGAACUUGACAUGUUUUUCUAGUUUAGAAUCGUUUCGGGAUUUCCUCAAAGUUUUCGUUAGCAUACAUUGUGAUGACAAAUUGCCAAUGAACCUCUUAGUCUACGGAGUUGGAUAUUGCCUCUGUUAUUGGAAAUCAGUAAUUUUAGAUAUAUUCCAAAACCAGACAUAUCUGAAACUAACCUUGGUUUCCUAAUCGCGAACCUCAUUUAAGCAGCACAAUUUUUGAGGCUUAUUUCCUAGACUCUAUAUUAAUCAAACGGAUUCCUUUAUGAUUAUCACAGGAUGUUUGUCUUUUGUUAUAAACUGGAACGAUUAGUCAUCAAGACCGGUCGAAUGAGAUUACUUUCAGCUCCUAGACUGUAGCUAUUGUUUCAGUAAACCUAAUCACUGAGACGGAGUCGCCAUCUUUCAUGACAUCCAGUCGGCACCACCAUUUAUACUCACUACAGAUUAGGUAUAACAUUUUCAAAUUUAUGAUUCGGUGCUUCUAAAAAUACAUUUAUUGAGAUUUUAAUUGUUCUAAUCGACAAGCUGCAUACUGAGAAGUAUUUGUUUCUUAAACCAGUGAUUUUUAAAUGUGGUGAAUGCAGCACUUAAGUUCUCAAAUAUCCCUAUUUUCUUUCAGCUAACCAUUUUAUGUUAAACAAAAAUGUCCACGAAGAAAGAUUGGUUACCAAAACGUAUUUGUGUUCCGCGUAAGAGUGUUUCAAUUAAUGACUCUUCAUCUUGGAUCUGUUCUUUCGGUCCUACAAAUAGUUUACGAUCUAAACGGUCAUUCAGCCGUGUUGCACCCGAUUCGAGGAUCGUAAUCAAUACAAAGCGUCAAGAAGAUGAAGGUUGCAUAAAUAUUUCGCCGACGUCAUCGCCAGAGGGAGAGACCUUUGAGUUAGGCCAUCAACUAUUAAGCAUCGAAAAUUUAGAUGAACCCCUUUCACCGAAUGAGUUCCAGCAGAUCCAGAAUUUGAUUUCCGGUAACUGUUCGUCUUCAGUUUCCUCUCAAAAUGAAAAUGCUGUAAUUUGUGAGUAUUCUCAGCCAAGUUCUGUGACUGAAGUUGUCAAUCAGAAUGAAUUCACAAAUCUCGAUGAAUCUAACUUUGAUUCCUUAUGUUAUCUUACUGAGUUGCAACGAGAUUGUUCAGAGCUCCUUUAUACAAAUCUGACUGUCAAAUCUCUUCCUCGUCGAAUAUCUUCGAAUAGUAUAUUGCGAAAACUCCACUAUUUGGUCAAACGUAACUCUUCAGAACGUUCUAUCUGGUUGCAUCAACGUUCAACUCAAAAUAUCCUUGAUUCUACUAAGCAUGCUUCGAAAACUUUUCAAAUUCUUAGAGUAUUUCGUAAUUAUUCAGAUAGUUUGCCUGGAUUAGUAGCAUUCGGUGUGCGUGAAGUUGUAAUACCUUUAGAAAAUAAAACUGAAAUAUAUAAUGCUAAUGAAAAUGUAUCAAACAAGUUCGCGAUCCUCCUUCUACCUAUUUCUGGUGUCCCUUUUGUUACAGAAGAGUUGUUUUCAUCCGCUGCAACAAAUUUCGUUUUAGGCAAUGAUUUAAAAUGUGGCGAUCUUGUUAUGGUAUUUAGUCCAUGGUUAACAUAUCCUUCUCAUGAAUUCAAUAGUUUGCCUGUGAUGUAUUCAUUCUUCUGGGUUGAACGUUUAAGACAUGAGGUUUUAAGUGAUGUAGAAAAUGAUUUUCCUAAUUCCCAAAUAAUCCCUCAUAAACCUGAACUAAUUACUUGUUCAUGUUUAAUAUCAUGUGAUCCAUUUAUUGUUUUGAAUUGUCCAAAACGUUUUAAAGGAUUAGCAGAACCAAAGUCAUCUGUCAUUCAAACGUUUCAGGAUUCUUCCGAAAAUAUGUUGACAGAAAUAUUUAAUAGGAAGUGUUUUUUAGUCUUGGGUUGCUAUCGAUUUUGGUUACUGAAGAAAUUAAGAUAUAUUCUAUUAGUUUGGCAUUACAACGAUUGUCCUGGACUAAUUCUUCUACCAGAUCAGCUAGUUCAUUCGGGUAACCUCAAUAAUCCUGUUGUUUCUUAUCAAGAUUUUCAUAUUGGAAAUGUGUACACAUCUGAGUCACUUUUACAACUUCCUGAUAAUCAGUUGCAGGCUAAUGUUCAAAGGGAAAUACAUAAUCACUUAAAUGAAAUUAAACAUAGUUUGGAAUCGAAAUAUGUCAAUAGUUUAAAUCAUUUCAUCCAUGGUUCAACUAAUCCCCAUAUUUCUAUCAGUGAAAAUACAUCCAUAGAAUAUUCAAACUGUUCAAUAAAGUUAUGGGAUGCUCGUGCAUCUCAUUUCAAUUUGAUAGAAUCAAAUUAUAUUCACUUCAAUUUGUCAACUCCAUACAAAAGUAAUCUGGGUAACUAUACGCGGUGUUCGAUCAGUGGUUACUUAGUAUUUGAGCCAGCAGAAGGUUCACUUGUCAAAGAUGUUAUUUUCGAUUUGUAUAAUCAUGAAAGUAAAAAAUUGAAAUGUUAUUUAAAAAAUCUAAAUAUAUUUAAUGAACAAAAAUCUACACGAACAUUUUACUUAUGGAUUUCUGAAUCUGUUACAUCAACAUUAAUUCCAUGUAUUUGUUUAGUCGAUGUUACUUCACCUAUAGAGUUAAUUUACGAACAAUUAUUUGCUAUCUCUUCAACAUCAAAUUUUUUAUCUACUACUGGAUUUGGUGUUUAUAUAAUCAUUGAUCAAGGAUUAUUUUUUGAUAGUUUCAUUCUUCUAGAUCGUUUUACGUCACUUAAGACUGAGAAUUACUCUCAACAUUCUUCAUCGAUGUAUGCUUUAAAAAAUUCUCUCUCCAAACAGAUUUAUUCCAACUAUAUUUUAUUACAGUCGCUUGAAGAUGUGAAUAAGUUACGUGUUCAUCAAAUUGUUAGUUUUUCAGGUACAUUGAUCCAUGUAGAUACAAGUCGAUCACAUGUUUGGUCUAUUUGUCCUUAUUGUGCAUGCGCUGAUUUUGAAAUAUAUUCUGGUGUUGAUAAUAAAGUCAAAUAUUUUUCUAAACAAGAAAAUUUGAAAUGUGUCCGAUGUUUAGCGCUUUUAUCAAAUCCUCUUGAACGAUUGGAAACAGAAGUACAAGUUUUAAUUAAUUUUGACAACGAUCAAUCCACUGUUAAUAAAUUGAAAAGACAUAAAUCGUCUGUAGAAUUGACACUAAAUAUGGCCUCUUGGAGACUUUGCAAACUACUCAAUGUAACACAAUCAAAUUUGUUGAAGGGAUCGGGCCUUAAUGCACAAAAGUUAGUAAAUUGUCAUUUAGACAAUGUAAUUGGAAUAGUUGUGCAUAUACCAAACAAAGUGUUUUCAAUUGAUAAUGUACAAAAGUACAAUGGUUAUUUGAGAAAUAUUUAUGUUAUCGAACUAGAUCAAAUGGAGAAUGGCAAUAAAAUGAUGUAACUAUUUACAAUGACUUUAUAAAUCACAAUCGUUAUUAGUAUUGGCUUUUCAAGAGCAGUUAAUUACCAUAUGUGAUACAUCGUCUAUAUUUGUCUCGUGAUUUAUUUAUAUCAUUCAAGCUACAGGAACAGAGAAUAAAAGAUAAAUAUAUACAAACAAUUUUCCAUCAUUUGUAAAUGCUUUUUUAAUUUUGUAAAUUUCUUUACAGAAUACUAUUUUGUGCAAAAAUACAAGUUGUUUGUGCGUUUUCAAUUUUGUUUGUUUUACCUUUUAAAGAAAAUUAGAUGACGGAUAGUUGACUGAAGUUUUAAGAAUGAAGUGGGCUUUUUAUUUUGUUCUAUCUUGAAUUCAUAAAAUGAUGCUGGUACAAAUAAAUUAC